AUGCAAUGCAAUGGGAAAACGACGUAUCUGUUGGAUCGGAACAAGCAGGCGGUAUACAGUGAGUUUAUUCGUCGAACCAAAAUGAAUUUGCCAGAAUUUGUUCGCCUUCUACGUGGUGAAAGUCCUGCCGAUUCAAGACCAAACAAAAAUCUCGAAAUACCAAGCUAUCAUCCUGCCUGGGUCAGCUACGAAUAUAACUCGCAUUGGCGAGCCAUCGUGGAUCACGGUGUUAUACCGCAUUGGAAGAAAGCAUUUGGCAAGCAAGACAAGCCGCCUCCAAAUCAUGGAUCGGCUCGCAGGGCGCUGAACACGAUUGUGAAAAACCUCCGAGCUGGACAGGACGCCGAUCGGUAUUUACUACUCGAUCUUGACUUACUUUCUACACUGGAAGGCGUGACUUGCAGCCCGUUUGGGGCUGUAUCGAAGGGUGACGUCGAAUUAAGCGUUGACGCUCGUAUAAUUCACGAUUUGUCGUUUCCAGUGGGCAGCUCAGUGAAUGACAACACAAUUGCUGAUCAAGAAAUCUCAAUCACUUACGAUGGGCCUGAUGCACUAUCUAAUCGGAUAUUGGAUGUAGCACAAUCAUUGCCAGGACAGCAGAGGAUGUUAACAGGUGACGUAAAUGGUGCGUUCAGGAACAUCCCAAUUGCGGCGGACGAGGUUGGCCGGUUUGCAGGGACGUUUCCAGAGCUCGACAUCUUGGUGAUCGAUUUUUACUGUCCCUUUGGAUGGAAAAACUCUCCUGCUUCGUACUGGUACGCUGGUGCAGGAAUUAAGCACUUAUACGCUAAUUCAGCACCACCAAGUGGACAUCAAUCACUUAAACAAAGCCAAAACUUCGAUUCAAGAGCUUGGGCAUUAGGACUGGAAUGGGAUCUGCAGAAGCUGACAGUAUCAAUGCCCGAGGAGAAGAUAACAAAAGCGCUUCGUCGGGUUCGUGAAAUGGCUCGUCGACUCAAGGCCACCCGAACUCAAUUGCAGAAGCUCAUGGGUAGCCUCCGACAUGUGGUUACAUGUGUGCGAGCAGCUGCACCUUUCUUCCAACGAAUUGCCGAUUUAACCCGUCGAGCACCACGCUUUGGUGUCAUUUUAGUUUCAGCUGGGGCUAAAGAUGACCUACGCUGGUUCGAGUUAGUCUUAUCAACAGGGGCUCUUAAUGCCAUCCCCCUCGCUCGUUUUGUACGGCGACAUGAACCCGAUUACCACAUCCAAAUGGAUGCUAGUGAUCGCGGAUUGUGCGCACUUUUUCCAGCAAGACAGCAGUUUUUACAAGUGGAGUUUAAUUAUGAGGAACUUCAACUUAUUGAAGACUUCAACAGAUCAGGGGACGGAGAUUUCGGGAUCAAUGUCCGUGAAUUGAUGAGUGCUGUGUUUGCUGCAUUGGUGUGGGGGCAUCUGUGGAGUCGUCCGAGUCAAGAUAGUGACGCUCAUGUCCGAUUCUGGAUUGAUAACAUAGCAGCUGUUUCGUGGAGUAACCGCAGAGCAAGUCGCAAUCGUUUCGCGCAAAUGCCCCUGCGCAUUCUAAGUCUGUCCGAAGUAAAGCAUGGAUUUUAUUCCACCGCCGAACACGUGGCUGGUGUAGACAACGACAUGGCCGACGCAGGCAGCAGGGUGUGGCAGUCACCACUACUGGCGACAAAAUUUUCUAACAUGUCUUGUGGUUGGCAACAGGCUCAGAUCCCUCACGACUCGCGAAAUCUCUCGCGUCUUUGGGAGCAUUACUCCGCGCAGGGGCUUUAGCACAGUCGUCGAGGAAACAUUACACAAGAGCGUGGUCUCAAUGGACGUAUUGGUGUAAAAUAA